AUGAUAGCACCUAAAGAUGAAGAGAAGACUAUUUUCACUUGUCCUUAUGGCACUUUCUCAUUUCGAACGAUGCCCUUUGGAUUAUGCAAUGCUCCAAAUACUUUCAAGAGAUGUAUGAUGGUUGUUUUAACUGAUAUGGUGGAAAAUUUUAUAAAAGUAUUCAUGGACGAUUUCUCGGUCUUUGGUGGUUCUUUUGAUGAAAGUUUACGGUAUCUUGAUGCGGUGUUAGCUCGAUGUGAAGAGACGAAUGUGGUGUCAAGAAGAGGCAUUGAAGUCGACAGGGAUAAAAUAGAAGCAAUCGAGAAAUUGCCACCUCCUAUAUUUGUUAGAGGGGUGUGCAGUUUUCUUGGGCAUGCAAGUUUCUAUCGGCGGUUCAUCAAGGACUUCUCAAAGAUCGCGAAUUUGAUGUGUAAGUUGCUUGAUAAAGAUAUGAAGUUCAUGUUCAAUGAAGCCUUUCUGAAGGGUUUGGACGAGCUCAAGUUGGCCCAGAUGAACUAUACAGUUACGGAGAAUGAGUUAUUGGCAGUGGUCUACGCCUUUGACAAAUUCAGAUCUUACUUGGUGGGGACAAAGGCGUUAGUGCAUACUGAUCACACUAUUGCUCCAGAUCACAUAUUGAGACUUGGAGAUCAAGAGCUUGUUGAUGAAGUUGUGGUGAUUAAGGAGACCUUCCCAGAUGAGCAACUUUUUGCUCGUCAAUCAGCAGAACUACCUUGGUAUGUAGAUAUGGUGAAUUAUCUGAUUUCAUGGGACCCUUCAUUCCAUCCAAGGGGAACAAGUACAUUGUUAUCGCGGUCGAUUACGUGUCAAAGUGGGAUUCCACUCCCAACCAAUGAUGCUAAUGUGGUGGCUAGAUUCUUGAAAAAGAACAUCUUCACACGUUUCGAGACCCCGAGGGCUAUUAUCAGUGAUCAAGGUGCGCACUUCUGCGACAGGCUUUUUGAUAAGUUAUUGGCUAAGUAUGGGGUAAAACACAAGGUGGCAACUUCAUAUCACCCUCAGAUCAGUGGCCAUGUGGAGGUAUCAAAUCAUAAGAUUAAGUUGGUUCUCGGUAAGGCAUGUCAUCUCCUUGUUAAGCUUAAGCAUAGAGAAUAUUGGGCGAUCAAGAAGCUGAAUUUGGACAUGGAAACAGCAGGCGAAAAGCGGAAGUUGCAACUACAUGAACUUGAUGAGUUUCGAUUUCAUACAUAUGAGAAUGCAAAACUCUACAAUCAAUGGACUAAGAGACUACACGACAAGCACAUUCAACACCGCAAGUUUGAGCUUGGGCAGUUAGCGUUACUGUAUAAUUCAAGGCUCAAGGCACAAUGGUUAAUCCAAAAAGCAAAUGCAAAGUCGUUGCCUUCUCCUCCCAAGGCACAAAGAGAGAGCGUUCUAGAAACCCUCCAAUAA